UUGGGCUUGAAUCCUUUCUCUUGCUGAACCAUUUGAUUCUCUUAUCAAGUUGGGCUCAUCCUUUGGGAGAUUCAACGGACAACAUGUUUGUCCUCAAAAACGUUGGAAAGUUGAUUUUCGGCACCGGCAGCCAAGAGUCUAUGAUCGAGUUGCCCCAAGGCCAACUUUAUCUAGUUCGACCGCUAUCGCCUAAGGGAUACUCCGAGUUGAUCUUCAAGGACGCUACCGCUCGAAUUCGUCGUACUGGACAGGACUUCCAGUACCAACUUGUCGUACAAAGAGUUUACGAAGAGGGCGAAGCUGAGUUAGCGGGCGAGGAAGGCGAAGACGAGGAGCUUAACGCACUUGCUGCUGAGCGCGACGAGAAGACCUUUUUACUUGACGAGGCUCUUCACUUCCGUGUUGAGGGCAGAGAAGGAUCAGAGAAGGUGCUUGCUUGGAAAGACCUAAGCGGAGACGCCGGCGAUCUUUACGAAUUUGUCUGCGACCCUUCAACUAAAUCUGCCCAGGUUGAGGCAUUCGAGCGCAUCGCAAGACAGUGUCAGUACGAGCGCAAGUACCGAAAGCCUCAUUCUACAGCUUCUGCAACCGACCUAGAGCAGUUCAUUUUCGAAGAACAGCCCAUCCCUCAGGCUAGUCCCAUUCAUAGUCCAACCCUCGCAAGGUCUAUCGAAUCCUCCGACGCCAUGUUUCAGCUAAAGAGCGAAGCGAACGUUGGUACCAAGCGGGAUAGCGUACCCUCUGCAGCUUCUAUACUAGCGGAGCCGGAACCCUACGAAGAGGAAGAAGUUGAUACGCACAACUCGAAGCAAGCAGGCCCCCCACUGCCCCCAUCCCAACCCGAACCUCUGGAGAUCUUCGCAAUGGAAAUCGGAGAGUUGCACUUUUUCGAUUUCCCUUCCGGCGCAUUUGUUCUCCAGGAUUCGUCCGUCACUGCUCAAGUGUCGGACAUUGGCAACUGGAACUACUGGCUGCAUAUUGCUAGUUCAGAUCGUCAAUGGCUUGGUAUCCCCGUCGUCGCCGAUAUUAACCCAGUCUUCAAUUUCGAAUACCUUUCCUUUAUCUUCAACCAGUUUACCGAAGAUGGUUCGGCCUAUUCCUGGCUAUUGAGAUUCAAGGACAACAAGACUCUUGAAAGAUUCCAAGAUGGUCUCAUGAGAGCACUCUGGGAGCAGUUGAACGAAGUCAAAUGGACUAAAGUCAAAGAACAGGACCGUCAGUAUGUCUUGGACGCUUUCGAGGAUCUUAACAUGGAAGAUGCACCGGUCGAAGAAGAAGAAGAAGAGCCUGAGGCCGAGGAACCUGAAGAGGAUGAUGCGCCGCAGAGCGAGCAUUAUGACAGCGAUGAGGAGCAAGAUGACGUUGAGACUCAACCCAAGGAUCCUCAUACCAAUUCUGCGUUGGCUGUUGGAUACAAGCACGAUCGUUCCUUUGUUGUCCGAGGUCCCCGAAUCGGCGUAUUCAAGCACACACCCAAAAACCACUUGGAAUUUACUACCAAUAUCUCUAAAGUUGAGACUCCACAAGGCAAAUCUUUCGUUCCUAAGAAAGUCAUGUUGCACAACGAGGAUCGAAACCUGAUUCUACAGAACGACACGGAUCCCAACAAAUUGUAUCGGAUGGAUCUAGAGUACGGAAAGGUGGUCGAUGAAUGGAAUGUUCAUGAUGAUAUUCCGGUUGUUACGUUCGCACCAGAAAACAAAUUCGCGCAGAUGACACAUGAGCCUACUUUCCUCGGUAUCUCUCGUAAUGCCUUAUUCCGAGUUGACCCUCGUCUAUCCGGAAACAAGCUAGUCGACUCUCAACUCAAACAGUAUGCAUCAAAGAACGAUUUCUCCGCAGUAUCUACUACAGAGAAGGGUUAUAUAGCUGUUGCCUCCAACAAAGGUGAUAUUCGACUUUUCGAUCGUCUCGGCAUCAAUGCGAAGACUGUAAUCCCGGCCCUUGGUGAGCCUAUUAUUGGCCUUGAUGUGUCUGCGGACGGUCGUUGGGUGCUUGCGACCUGCCGUACAUAUCUACUACUCAUCGAUGCUCUACAGAAGUCUGGCAAGAAUGAGGGCAAAUUGGGUUUUGAGAAGUCGUUUGCCGCGGAUUCUAAACCUCAACCCCGUCGUCUGGCAUUAAACCCCGAGCAUGUCGCUCAAUUUCAUCACGAAACCGGAAAGGGUGUUUCAUUUACUCCUGCUCGUUUCAACACAAGCAAGACAAAUAACGAGACAUCAAUUAUCACUGCCACCGGCCCAUACAUUGUCGAUUGGAACCUUGAAAAGGUCAUUCGUGGAUCCAAGACACCAUACAUCAUCAAGCGCUACGAAGACACUGUUAAGGCCGAUGACUUCAAGUUUGGUACCGAUCAAAAUGUCAUUGUUACUUUACCCAACUGGGUGAACAUGGUUGGCAAGCAGCACCUCAAGAAGCCUACGAGAGAGAGUAUUGCUGGUGAUUUCCAACGAUUAGGUACACCGAGGCAAAGUUCGGGACGGAUCGGUACGCGGGCAAGUGGUCGUUACAAGCUCGGUAAAGACGACGUGGUAAACUCACCUUACUAAAUUUGAGGCCCCGCGUAUGUGUCAAAUGGAUGGCUUCACAAUCAAUUUGUUUGUUAUUCCUGGGUUGCCCUCGUGUUAAGGGUGGGAUCGCACUUUUCCUACGAUACAUACCCCAAUGGCGUUUAGGAGGGGGAUGGAGACUGGUGUUCAUUCGUUGACCUGGCACAAGCCAUUUUUGCUUAAGGUGAUACCUGAUUCUCAUCGCGCGAUAUUGGCGAUUUUCAUAUCAGAUAGGAGGUAGUCAGUAAUGAACUUUAUUGAUAUCUCAUUCGUUGGGUGAAUAGUUCACAUUUCACGAGCCGCACCGCAUGAUCUAUUCGUAUGUCCGAAC